AUGGAAAAGGAAAGCUUGUUCUAUAACCUAGCCAUUGAUGAAGAAGCUCAAGAGCUGAACUGGAGUAAGAGGGUAAACAUUAUCAAAGGGACUGCACUUGUUCUCACUCAUAUGCACCAUCAUUGCACUCCACCCAUUGUCCAUCGAGAUGUAACUAGUACCAAUGUUUUGUUGAGUUCAAAUUUAGAGGCUUGUCUAUCAGAUUUUGGUACAGCUAAACUACUUUCUUCUGAUUCAUCUAAUCAAACUCUAUUAGCUGGCACUCCUGGAUACAUUGCUCCAGAGAUGGCUUAUAACAUCAAUGUGACAACAAAAUGUGAUGUUUAUGGUUUUGGUGUGGUGACUUUGGAAACAAUAAUGGGCGAACACCCUAAGGAACUAAUUUCCAAUGUGUCAAAACCAUCUGGUCCAAAGAUCAUGCUCAAAGAUAUACUGGAUUCACGUAUUCAAUUGCCUUUUCUUCGAAAAGACAUGCAGGAUAUUGUACUUGUUGUAACAUUAGCAUUAGCAUGCUUGCAUCCCAACCCAACAUCAAGACCUUCAAUGCAGAACAUAGCUAAUGAGCUUUUGUUUUCAAACUCGCCAUUGCUUUGGCAUUUUGAUGGCAUUUCAAUCCACCAACUUGUGAAUCAAGAAAUAUAUGCAAUAGGUAAAACUUAG